ACAGCUGGCUGGGAGGCAUGCAUGCUCAACCCUGCCUUCCCUUCACCUUCUCUGGGGUAGCUGGGUAAGGCUGACCAAACAGUUUGGAGCUGUUUUAAGAAAGAGUAAGUGAUGAUAGUUCACUCUGAAUGAUCCAAUUUAUGUUACCAAAACAGGCAGUAUGUUGUAGGAAAGGCUGGUGAAACAUGCUUCUGAGGCAGCUUUGGGGUGUCCGAGGAGAGGAGACCAUCCUUGGGAAGGGGUGAAUUGAACAGUUAUGUGUGAGCUCAGCAGGUAAGUCUGAGAGGAAUGUAGUAAAUAGAUGGAGAAAACAUUAUUUCAGAUUGAGUAUUUUAGGUCCUUUCUACACUGUUACUGCUGUGGUUUAAGUUGUCAGUGAAUUUAACCUCCUCCAUGGUGACGAGUUGAAGAACGACCAUUGGAUGUGCCAAAUGAAUCAUUUCCUCCUCCCAGUCAUUUGAGGCUUUCUCCACCCCACAAGCUUUGUAACGUUUCUGUCUCUACUUCAUUUCCAGGCUUAACCCGCAUGGGCAGCAUGUUGCUGCUUCCAGUCCUCCUUUUAACUUCAUUUUGGUCCCGCGGAGACACGCAGGCAGUGCCAUUGCAAACCCCAGCGCUGCAGAGGCAGGUGGUAGGGAACUCGGCCAGCAUGCAGUGCCAAAUGAGGACCAAAACCAUCGUGCACUGGUACAAACACCUUCCUGGAGAGCCUCCGACGAGGAUACUGUACACAUCGGGACAGUCACCUAUUUUUGAUGACAGUCGCGAUAGCAGGAAAUUUCAAGUUCGGAAGCAUCCUACCGAGCUCCGCUAUGGCCUCACAAUAAAUCAUUUAACCCUGAGGGAUUCUGGCACUUACUACUGUGCGUAUUGGUUUUACCAAGGGCUGCCUGACAGAAGAUCUGAUUAUUACAGUAAGGUGUUCGGCUCCGGUACAAAACUCAUUGUGUCAGACAAAGGAAAUUCUUCACCGAAAACCUCUGAAAUCAUAUGGAAGAAACAUGAAAAUCAGAUAAUAUAUGUUUGCCUUAUUGAGAAAUUUUACCCAGAAGUUAUUCGGGUGACAUGGACCGAUGAAAAAGAUAAGGAGGUAACAGAAAACGUAGUAAAAGGAGAGAUUUGGAAGCCCGCAGACGAGGAUAUGUACUCAAUUGGCAGCUGGUUAACCGUACCAGAGAAGAACAAAGACAAGAAUUAUUACUGCAAAUACGAGCACGGAAGCAAUAUGCAGUUACUGCCAACACAAGAUUAUAGGAAGACUGCUCUUCCGGCAGAGGACUGCAUUACAUAUCCUGGAAAUGGCACAGUUUUUAAUAGAGAUCACUUAAUGCACAGGACAGCGUCUUUAGUGUACAUCAUCCUUCUUCUGAAGAGCUCCAUGUACUAUCUCGUCAUACUCUUCUUCAUCUACAGAGCGUGGGCUCCAACCAAGCACCAAGGAAAGAAAGCAUAAAUACUGGUGUAGGAAAGGCGUAUAAAAUCAUCUUCAAUUUACUUUGCUGCGUACUUAUUCAGAUAGACUCCCCUGCUCUCAGUGUGAGAUGUAACAACAAAAAAAAAAAAAUCCCCAAACAAUUUUCUGGUAUUAGUGCAUAGGGCUUGUUUUGCUUUACUGCUAGUGUUUUUAUAUCAGUCUGGUUGUACUGAACUGAGUAUUGAACUGAGGUGGGCAAUAGGAGUAAGGUUACAUACCUUGGAUUUUAAUCUGAGGUCCGUACUGUAGAAUGAAAAAGGUACUCUUGCUAACAGUAGUUAUACAUGCAAAAGUUUAGAAGUGUAACAGGGCUUUUGACAUAUAUAGCACAGAUGCAUUUUGUCAUUGCGCUUAAGGCUUAAUUAGGAGCAUUCCUGCACUGUAAAUUCACAAGUAUUUGUUCAUUUAUACUUUCAAUGAUUUAUUGCAACUCUCAUGUAUCCACCAAAUCAGGACUUAAAUAUUCUGAAGUGAUGUGUGCUUUAAGAGUCAAUUAAACUUGAUUUUAAAAAGUGAACAUACUAUUUUUAAAUUAAGAUGUUAGAUGAGCUUAAAAGCAAUUCUAAGGUGCACACAUACAGAAAUGGAAGAAAUCCAAUAGACCCUACACCAGCAUUGCGACAGACAACCUGCACAUUGUAUUUUUAAAGAAAUAAAACAAUUGUAGUGAUCACAAACAUCACUUUGUUUAGAGGAACCUUUUUAAGUUGAGCAAAACCUUAAAUCUGAAGUUUUGAUAAAGUAUUUUCACAAUAGAUAGAAAGCAUUUCACAAUUCUUAGAUGUUGGACUUAGGACGCUUCAUCUCCAAGUUCCACAAAUUUCAAUUCCUUUCAAAUUCUUGUGGAAAAAUCAGAAGUAGAUAUAUUGGGGUAAAGCAUCUGCUCAGUCUGGGGCAAAACACUGCCAUAAGUUUGGAGAUCGGUGCCUGCAGCAUUUACACUCCCUGUGUCAGCAGUGACAUGGAGGGCAAUAAAAGCUUUCCUCCAGGUGCAUUUGGGAGGCCUGCGUUUGUUCUCCAGCAUUUCCACAGCAUGUACCAAGAUGGCUAGAAAACCUGAUUCAUUUCUUGUUUAUCAUCAAUGCCUUAAUAAAUCAAAAAUCCUUAAAA